AUGCCAGGAGCGCCGGCCGCGGACGCCUUGCCCCAGGCCGUCGACGCUGUCGAGCAGGCGCUGCGGGAGCUUCGUCGCCACGCCCUCGAUGAAAGCCAAGCCCAGCAGCUGGCGACGAUGGAGCUCGCUGCGUCGGCGUUGAAAGCGUCGCUCGCUGCAAAGCAUCCUACGACGACGACGACAUGUCGGUCGCUGGCCGAGGGCGCCGAGAAGAAGAGCUACAAGCGCAAGCACCGAACAGCGCAAGAGACGAGCAGCAUGUCGCUCGAGCGUCAGAACGAGUUUGCAGACGCGGCGCGCGUCUUCCAUGUGCCAGUGUCGGCGCCAUGGCCGCCAUAUCUGCAAGGCAGGACCCUCCGCGUCUGCGAAUUUCGCCAGCUGUACCGGUACAAGAAGCUUGACGCUGGCAUCGUCGCGGCCAUGGACGCCAUUGCGUUUGUAUGGGAUCUCUCGGACCACCAGUGGGAGACCAAGGUCGCUGCGAUCGCUACGUUCCAGCGCCUCCACGGCCACCUCGCCGUGCCCACGGGCUUUGUUGUGCCCGAGAACGACCCGCAGUGGCACGUCGACCACCACGGGCUCCGGCUCGGGCGGCUUGUGGUCGCGCUUCGGACGCGCGCCGACAAGCUGUCGCCGGCCAAGCGGCAGCAGCUGCAGGCGCUCGGCUUCAUCUGGACGGUGCAGGCGAGCAUCUCGUGGCAGGACAAGAUGGAGGCGCUCUCGAUCUUCCGGCACCUCCAUGGGCACGUGAAUGUCCCUCAGAAAUUCGAAGUCCCGGCCAAAGACUUGGCGUGGCCCAAGCGGCUGUGGCACAUGAAGCUUGGCGUCGUCGUCAGCACGUUGCGAACGCGUCGGCCCAAGCUGCCGCCGACGCGGAUCGCCGAGCUCGAUGGCAUGGGGUUCCUCUGGACCAUGUAUAAAAACAAGGUUGUCAAGACUUAA